AUGGUCUGGGAUCAGCUUGAACCUACUCCACCCCAUCUUUCGUACCUGCUUAUAUCAUCUUUCCUGAUCGUAUACUGCCUGUUCGCUACCUUUGUCAGGAACCGUCUUCACCUGUCUGAACCGCCGUUGGCACUUCUGGUUGGUAUCCUUCUUGGACCACGAGUCCUUGGCUGGCUGAACCCAAAUUACUGCACCCAACAAGGGUGUACUGGUGAUGAAAGCGAGAGAUGGGGUUGGGGUGAUACCCAAGUUCAAGAGAUCUCUCGAGUCAUUCUCGGUGUUCAGGUCUUCACUGUUGGUGUUGGUCUGCCGAGAUACUAUGCUUCCAAGCACUGGAAGAGUGUGGGUAUCUUACUGACAAUCGUCAUGACCUUUGGCUGGUUCGUCUGCUCCCUUUUCGCUGCCUUGAUGUUCAAGGUAGAUAUCGCCACAGCUCUGGUCAUCGCCGCCUGUUUGACGCCUACCGAUCCUGUUCUGUCUUCCUCCAUUCUGUCCAACAGUCAAUUCAGCACCAGAGUACCCAAGCGCAUCAAGGAUAUGUUGGCUGCAGAAUCUGGUUGCAACGAUGGAAUCUCUUUCCCUUUCCUAUACAUUGGACUGUACGCACUCAUUCACGCUGCUCCCAAGACUGCUGUCAAAGAAUACUUCCUCGUCACUAUUCUCUGGCAAUGCACCUUGGGUGUUGCAGUUGGUCUCGUCAUCGGCACUAUCUUCAACAGACUCUUGCGCUUCUCCGAUAGUAGAGGCUACGUUGACCCUGCCGGUAUGAUCGUCUUCUAUCUGCUUCUCGCAGUUUUCAGCGUCGGUGUAGGCAGCAUCCUCGGCUCGGACGAUUUCCUUGUAGCUUUUGGAGCCGGCUACGGCUUUGCUCGCGACGGCUGGUUCAGCAAGAAGGUCAAAGACGCCCAUCUCCCAGAUGUCACCGACCUUCUGCUCAACUCGGCCAUGUUCAUAUAUCUGGGCACCAUCAUGCCCUGGGAAGCAUUCAAGGCUCGCGACAUCACUCCUUACGUCACGCCACUGAGACUUUUCGGCUUUGCAGCCUUGGUUCUCUUGUUCCGCCGCAUUCCCAUCAUGCUCGCAACCUACAAGUUCAACCCCGACAUCCGCACAUUCCGCGAAGCGCUCUUCUGCGGACACUUUGGACCCAUGGGUCUAGGCGCCAUUUUCCUCGCCAUUGAAGCUCGUGCAACUCUCGAGACCGGCACUAGCGAGCCCUUGCCUCACCCUCCUAAGUUCUCACCACCUUAUUCCGACCGCGAAAAGGCAGUUGAGAUGCUGUGGCCUAUUGUGUGCUUUGUGGUCAUGUGCAGCACUUUUGUGCAUGGGCUCAGUGUUUUGGGGUUGAGUCUUGCCAGCCACUUCCGCAGAAACGAUGAGGAGAGGGCGCCGCUGUUGGCCGGAGAGACUGAUCCGCUUGAUGGUAUGGAGCACGAGCAUCCUGAUGAGAUGGAUACGGAUCAUGAAUCGGAUUAG